AUGGGACGAGAUAUGAAGGCGGAAACAGAACUUUUGAACCUUUGCAGUGGAAUCGGAGAAAGAAGUGCAAGAUGGUCUCAGUGGCAAUUACAGAGGGAAGAGAGCGGUUAUUACACCUUUGAAGUUCUUCUAAAAUCACGGUCAGUAGGUGCCAUUUUAGACUCUUUGAAUUCCACGAAUCAGUCAAAUACCAUAGACUUGGUAUUCAUAACUUACUGGCAACCAGUGAACGUACAGCAACCAAGUUCUCUAAAAAAUGACAUCCAGGAAUUGCCUGGAAGAACAAUCGAAUUUGCGUAA